GACGAAAUUUAACUAAAGGGUCUCACACAAAAUUGUUCAGUAUCCUUUGCGAUCUCGACCUAGCUUCUCUACCUUGUGAUCUCAACUAAUCAAAAUCAUGUCUCUCGACGAGCAAUUCUCCAAAGUCGCCACCUCCGUCAGGAACUGGAAGACCACUCCCAGCAAUGAUGAGAACCUUGCCCUGUACUCCUUGUACAAGCAGGCUACCAUCGGAGAUGUCAACAUCGCCGAGCCCAGCGGCAUGGUAGAGAAUGCCAAGUUCAAGGCAUGGACCAGCCGCAAGGGAAUCUCCCAGGAUGACGCUAAGAAACAGUACAUCGAGAUGGCUGAGAAACUGGCUCCUAAAUACGCAUAAUCAUGUCUAUAUUAAGGAUACCCACCUACUUUAAUUUAAUAAAUUAUUACCAAUAAACGCUUCCCAAUUUUGCAGGA